AUGGAGGACUUGGCGCAGUCCUGGGUCGGCUUCAGGCGCCGUGAGAGCGUCUCAGGGGAGGAGGGCAGGGCAGCCGGGCCCCUCCCACUCUGCCCUCUGUCGCGUGUCCCGCCCCCGGGACAGGCAGCAGGUGCCGGGCCACCCGCGAGUGUGCGCAGAAACUUCGGCCACCUACGGCUGUGCGCGAGGAGCGCGGCUGACCCGCCAGCGCCAUGCGCGCCCUGCCUGGCCUGCGGGGGCUCCGAGGGCCGCCGCCGCUGCAGCUACCGCUGCUCCUCCUGUGCCUCCUCGCGGCGGUGCGCCGAAGCUGGGCGGACGGCAAUACCACAGGUGCGAAGCCUGCAGGGCCGACUUGGGGGUGGGGGGGGCGUGCGCAGGAAGGGACGCGCGAGGCUGGGCCCCCGUAGGCUGAGGGCUUGGCCGACGCGCCGGGGCAGGGUUGGUGGGGAGAGGCGAGGGGAGGCUGGCGACGGCGGGUGGCCAGCGGCGGCCGCCUCCUCCCAUUGGCCAGGCUUGGGUUGUCUCAGCUGGACGAGGAGACUGGAGCGGACAGGGAUGGAAUCUGGAACCAAGAGCGCCCCGCGAGUCGGGGGCGUUGGUAGUAGGGCAGUGUCUGGGUGUUCCAAGAACGAGGGCGGCAGGGAUUACUUUAUGAGAAAGUGCCCUCCACCUUCCAAAGCUGCUUUAGAAGUGAUCAAGCCUUUGGAACACAGCUUACUGGAGAGCGAGGUUCUGCUAGCUUCACCUCUUACAAGUCUACCCAUCCGAGAAGAAAUGAUGACAAAAUAUUCUAACCUUUCCUUGGGGAGUCAUAACAUAUCACUGACUGAACAUUCCAGUGUGCCAGUGGAAAAAAAUAUCACUUUAGAACAACCUUCUAAAAUAAAACUCACAUGCCAAUUCACAACAUCUGGGGAUGUGAAUUCAGUAAAUGUGACUUGGAAAAAAGGUGAUGAACAACUUAAGGAUUAUUGCAUCAAUGUCACAGGAAACAUCCUGUAUACCCAGUACAUGUUUACCAUCAUUAAUAGCAAACAAAUGGGAAGCUAUUCUUGUUUCCAUGAAGAGGAAAAGGAACAAAGGGGCACAUUUAAUUUCAGAGUCCCUGAAGUUCAAGGAAAAAACAAACCAUUGAUCACUUAUGUGGGGGAUUCAACUGUCUUGAUAUGUAAAUGUCAACACUGUUCUCCUUUAAAUUGGACCUGGUACAGCAGUAACGGGAGUAUACAGGUUCCUGUUGAUGUUCACGUGAAUGAUAAGUAUGCAAUCAAUGGAACAAACGCUAAUGAAACAAGGCUCAAGAUAAUGCAACUUUCAGAAGAUGAUAAGGGAUCGUAUUGGUGCCAUGCAGUGUUCCAAUUAGGCGAGAGCCAAGAACGCGUUGAACUUGUUGUGCUGAGUUAUUUGGUGCCCCUCAAACCAUUUCUUGGAUUGGCUGUUGAAGUUAUUAUUUUAGUGGCUAUUAUUCUGUUUUGUGAAAUGUACACCCAAAAGAAAAAGAUGCACACAGAUGAUGGGAGAGAAUUUGAACAAGUUGAGCAGUUGAAAUCAGAUGAUAGCAACGGCGUAGAAAAUAAUGCCCCCAGGCACAGAAAAAGUGAAUCUGUGAGCCAGUGAAUGCGAAACAUCAUGUCAAGAGUCAUGGGAAGAUGUACAGUUUGUACUUCAGCUUUGUUUGUUUCCUGUUAAGAAUAUCUGAGUUUUUAUUUUUAAAAGGAUGAAAAGUUUAUGCAAUAUCCUCAGCAGUAGCUUUGUAAUAAUAUAUGCUAUAUCAGAUCUAAAGAUAUAUUUCCCUUCUGUAAUUAUUUUACAUUAAAGCAAGGUAAAUUAUAUUAAAUAUGUUCUAUGAGCUAUCACCCAGGAUAAUUAAUUUCAUCUUGGUCAUCAAGGGAUGCACAGAAGAUAUACCAGCAAAAUCAGUUAAUACUACACAGAACUAAUGUCAUUCAAGACCUGUUUAUAACCAAAGAAUUCAUUAAAGAGAAAACUUUUGCCAUUUGCCUUAAAAA